AUGAUAUGGAAAUCUGGUCUAGAAGUUGACACACUGUUCAUCCACUUAUCAGAAGAAGGCACAUCCAAACAAGAAAAGAUGAAAAUUGCGGGGGAGCUGCAGACAGUGGGGAAGAAAGGAUAUGCUCAAAACUUUAAAAAAGGUAGUUGUGUUCUGGACCUCUCCAAGUGUCUUUUCAUUCAGGGAAAACUGUUGUUUGCUGAGCCCAAGGAUGCGGGCUUUCCAUUUAGCCAGGAUAUCAAUAGCCAUUUGGCCAGUCUCUCAAUGGUUAGAAACACGGGCCCCACACCAGACCCCACUGUUAGAGAGGCUUUGUGCGCCACGGAUAACUUAAAUGCCAGCAUUGAAAGUGAGGGCCAGAUUAAGAUGUACAUCAAUGAAGUGUGUCAGGAGACUGUGUCACAUUGCUGCAACUCAUUUCUGCAGCAGGCCGGAUUAAAUUUGUUAAUAAGCAUGACAGUUAUUAAUAACAUGCUUGCCAAGUCCGUUUCAGACUUGAAGUUUCCUUUGAUAUCAGAGGGAAGUGGAUGUGCUAAGGUUCAGGUUUUGAAACCACUGAUGGGUUUGUCUGAAAAGCCAGUCUUGGCGGGGGAGUUAGUCGGUGCCCAGAUGCUCUUCUCAUUCAUGUCCCUCUUUAUCAGAAAAGGAAACAGAGAGAUUCUCCUGGAAACCCCUGCCCCAUAAACGGCCCUCUGGAACACAAUGGGACGGAAUCCACCCACAACGCGCUUGGUUUGCAGAUGUCAAAGAAUCUGCAGAGGGUGCUACUGAAGAUCCAGCCUUAGCCAAUCACCACCUCAUUGGGUGAAAGUUCCAGGGCUCAAUCCAGGACCACACUCUUAUUGGCCAGGCAGGGGCUCCCACAGAGCUUUGAGUAACUUGUUGGUUGUGCAGUCUGCAGGCAAUGUUGGCACUGUAAAUUCCUCCCUUGCAGCCUCCUUCAUGUGGUGAGGGGAUCACUUCAGCUGCCUGCUGUGGACAAAGAACAUCAAAUUACAGCUAUUGUUGCCUGUGGUGGUCUCCCUGUCCAAGCAGAACCGCUUUGCAGAGACCAGACGCAUAUCGCAGCUUGAGCUGAAAAUGCAUUUGUUGCAGCUUAGGUUGAAUUAUUUUUCGUUUACUCUUUCUUCUACACGCGCCUGAUGGAUAGUGAACCUAUUCAUCAAAAAAGUGCACUGCUCUUCUGUCUAUUGUACCGACUUAACCUCUUCCACCCAAGUCCGCAUCUGUGUGUAUCAUCAAUAAAGUUGUGUGCUUUGAUUGGCAGAAAA